AUGCGUACCUUCUCGUGCCUUGUGGGCUCUGCCCUGGCUAUGGCCUCCGCUGUUUCGGCGACAGGUAUUCUUCUGCCGCUUUACUCCUGGCCAGAAGAUAACAGCACCUGGGGUCCGGUAUACAAUGCCGUUUAUUCCUAUCCGGACGUUCAUUUUCAAAUCAUUGUCAACCCUAGCAGUGGCCCGGGUGAUACGACAUAUCCCGAUGAAAGCUACAUUGCUGGUGUCGCGCAGUUGAAUAGCUAUGAUAAUGUUGAAGUCAUCGGUUACAUUCCGACCAACUACGCCGAGCGUACCAAGUCGGAGGUUGUCGCGGAUAUCAAGACCUAUGCAGGCUGGUCAUCCUACACCAAGAAGAAUAUCACUGUAUCCGGCAUCUUCUUCGACGAGGCACCUCGCACCAACGAGAACUCCAAGAUCUCCUAUAUGAAGAGCGUGUCGGCCACGGCUAAGAAGAACAAGCUCAAUACCGUCGUUUUCAACCCCGGCACCAAGCUAGUGGAGGCAGCCGCCUCUAAAUAUUUCGCGGCGGCAGACUUGAUUGUGGAAUUCGAGAACUCUUACUCCGAAUGGGUACAAUCUGUGCCAAAAGACUCGUUCUCAUCGGCCAAGACCUACUACAAGGACGCCGCGCUCUUAUAUAGCGCGCCGUUGACGGCAGAUUAUGAGGCGAUUGUUCAAGAGGCUGAGGGGAUGGGCCUGGGAGCUGCUUAUUUGACCAAUGACGACGAUUACAAGUCGGUCGAGUCGGUGAAAAAGGUUGCGGCGUCCUUUUCGAGCAGUAGUUGA